GGUGAGGUUUGGAACCGUCAAACCGGUUGUGCACUUAUCACCAUAGUUGAGACCCGUAGUGGGAAGAGCACUAGCCCCUACACCCAAGAGCAGCAAGAGAAGAUGGCCGCCUUAGUGAGAGAAAACAAGGAGAGGAAAAAGCUCCUGAAACAGGCGAAGUUGAAAGCGAUCGCAGAGGAGCAUGCGCCGAAAAUGAAGAAGUUGGAGGAGGAAAUGGAGGAGAAGAGAAAGGUUGUCGAAGACGAAGCAGCAGCAGAAGCAGAGGAGGAAAGAAAACGCAGGGAGAUAAUAGGAGAGAGUAGUGGCACGACAAAUGAGGAUGCGGCCAUGGAGAAAAAGAUCAGCGAGUGGAUUGCUAAUUUAUCGUUGGGGGAAGAUGAGGAGGCAGAGUUUUAUGUGCCCCAGGACGAGAGGGAUGCGUUAGCCAAUGAGCUAGGAGCAAUCGAGGACCCCCUGGAAAGGCAAGAAGUAGAGGAGGAGAAGAAGUUGAAAUGGAAACUGAGGAUGAAGAGAGAAAAGAAGAGGAGGAGGGAGGAAGUUAACAGGUUGACCUUAAAAGUGGCAAAAGUGAGGGAUUGUAGACAGGAAGUGCAGGCGCAGGAAGAUAUUUCUGCCAAGAUGGAUAAGGUGCUGGGGUAUCUGGAAGUGUUCAGUGCAGCUUGGAUGGAGGAGCGCCAAGCCAACUGGGGUCACGAUGUGGCCCUGAAGGCCAUGCGGUCAGGAUUUCGGGACUUUGCGCGCGAUAUGGUCACCCACGUUGGGGGCGAAGUUAGACGGUUGAGAGACAACGUGGGAAAGUUCUGUGAGGGCGCUAUUGAUUGUGCCAAAGCGGUAGCCACUGUUGAUAGUGAGCCUAGGCCUCGUAAAGAGCCCGUCAAACUGAAAUUCCCAGAUGCAUACGGCGGGAAGAAGGAGGAAAAUUUCAAUAACUGGGAGGCAAGCGUCAAUAGUUAUAUAUACUUACAACACAUCUUGAUUGAGGAGCAAGUCCUCGUCGCCUUCCAGGCCCUCAAGGACGAAGCGGCUAGCUUUGCCAGAUCCCUUGCGCGCGCAGCCGACGGAGACGACAUUAAGCCAGAGGACAGCAAGAUAGCGGCAAUUAGAGACUGGCCGACGCCCCGCACGUUGACAAAGUUGUGGUCGUUCUUAGGCCUAGCUAAUUACUACAGAAUGUUCGUGAGGAACUUCUCUACUAUCGCUGCUCCCUUGCGCAGGUUCCUAAAGAAAUCGGCAAUCGGGCAAUGGGACAAAGAUUGUUCGAUUGCGCUAAAGAAACUAAAGCGCGCGUUAAUAGAGUACCCUGUCCUCAAGGUAGCGGAUCCGUCCUUGCCAUUUGUCGUCACCACGGAUGCCAGUCAGUAUGGUAUAGGUGCCGUGUUGCAGCAAGACGACGACAAUGGCUAUAGACCCAUAGAGUUCAUGUCAGCGAGGAUGCCCUCAGAGAAGGUAGCCACCUCGACGUACCAGAGAGAACUCUACGCUCUCAGGCAGGCCUUAGAGCAUUGGAAGCAUUACCUGCUUGGGAGGCACUUCAAAGUAUACUCAGACCACGGAACUCUUAGAUGGUUAAAGACCCAGGCCAAGACGACACUAACUACGGAUGCUAGCCAAUAUGGCAUAGGCGCCGUACUUGCACAACAGGAGGGGAAAAAGUUGAGGCUAGUGGAGUACAUGUCCAAAACGAUCACCUCUCAGAAGUUGGCAAAGUCCACCUAUGAGAAGGAACUCUAUGCGGUGUACAAGGCUCUGACCCAUUGGAGACACUAUCUCCUUGGGCGGCUCUUCAUCCUCAGGACUGAUCAUCAGACCCUGAGAUGGAUGAGAACUCAGCCGCUACUCUCUGACGCUCUCAAGCGUUGGAUCGAAGUCAUCGAGCAGUAUGACUUUGAGCCCCAGUACAUCAAGGGCGAGUACAACAAGGUUGCUGAUGCCUUGUCGCGUAGACCUGAUUUCUCAGGUGCGCUGAUCACUGAGUUUGGGCUUGCGGACAAUGUUACUCAGUCCAUGGUGGAAGCCUAUGGCAAGGACCCGUUCAUGUCUGAGAUCAUCCGCAGACUCGAGGCGAAGGACAAGGUGACUUCUUCUAAGUUUGAGUUGGUCAACGGCUUACUGUUCCUUAAGAAGGCUGGGAAUAAACGAUUGUGUGUUCCUAAUAGGGAGUUUUUGCAUAGUUUAUUUUUAGGAGAGUGCCAUGAUGCCAUUGGACAUUUUGGCUUUAAGAAGACUGCAGCUAAUCUGUUGCAGCGGUUCCGGUGGCCCACGAUGAUGAGGAAUGCGAAGUUGUAUGUGGAGACUUGUCAGGUCUGUCAAAGAGACAAGCCACAUACUCAGGCUCCUCUUGGGCUCCUGAAGCCCCUUCCGAUUCCGGAAAGGCCUGGUGAGAGUCUGUCCAUGGACUUCAUGGAUACGCUGGUCACCAGCAAGAGUGGAAUGCGCUACAUCUACGCCAUUGUGGAUAGGUUUAACAAGUUUGCUAGAUUGUGGAUAGUUGCAAUGCCUAAGACAGCGAAGACUAAGCAUGUGAUUAAGCUGUUCAAAGAGAACUGGGUUAGGGAUUUUGGAUUGCCAAAGUCUAUAGUCAGUGACCGUGAUGUGCGAUUCGCAAGUGAAUUGUGGAAAGCCGCAGCUGCCGAACAGGGAACGCAACUGCAGAUGACAUCAGGAAACCAUCCCGAGGCGAAUGGACAAGCAGAACAGUUGAACCGCGCUGUACAACACUUGCUGAGGCAUUAUAUUAAGCCAAAUCAGGUAAACUGGGAUGAGAAACUUGCUCUCAUUGCCAGCCUGUACAAUAACGUGUUCCACAGCGCAACAAGUGUGAGUCCGAAUAGUCUGCUAUUAACUUUUAAGCCUAGACUGCCCUUGGAUUUCCUACUACCUAACCAACAGCCCUCUGCUGCAACAGAAACUUUAGAGUUUGCUUAUCGAUAUAAGCAGCUGAUGCAGCAGGCUGUUGAGCACAUGCACAAGGCGCAGACGGCGAUGAUAGAGUCUGAGAACAAACACCGCCGCCCAUCCACGUUCCAGGUAGGAGAGAGAGUCUGGGUCAAGUCCUCAGAACUGGGACAGGAGCACGAGAUCUCCCACAAACUCAUGCCACAGUACUUUGGACCAUGGGAGAUUCUGGAUGUUGUCGGGGGUGAGCCAGAUGGGCCGUCUUAUGUUGUUCACAUCCCUGGUCACUUACGCACUAACCUUGUUUUUCAAGCCUCCAAACUUGCACUUUUCAAGGAAACAGAUGAGUUUCCUUCUCGUUGCUCAAUGCUGCCCCCAACCAUGGAUGGAGAAGUGGACUUUGAUGACAUCGUGGAUCACAGGGAGCUGCCAGUUCAGAGACCUACAGGCAAGGGACAUCCUACGAAACCGAAGCUGCAGUACCACGUUCGGUUCCGACAUCAUACUGAUCCCAAGGAGGACCUCUGGUUCACGAAGGAAGAACUCAUGCAGACCGCUCCUCAAGUUGUAGCUCAUUAUGAGAAAUCUCUGCAGAAGGGAAAGCGCCCGAUGGAAAAGGGCGAGGUGGAGGAGGGUGCGGUCUUCGAUGGGUCAACGGGCUGGAUGGCUCGAUUCAAGCGCCGAAAGGGGUUUGUGUCACGACGGCACACAACUUCGGGGUCCUUGCCUUCGGAUGCUGCAGACACAUGCAGAGCUUUCAUUGACGAAAUCCACAACGUCAUUGAUAAGCAUAACAUCUGCCCGCACAACAUUUUCAAUAUGGAUCAGGUCCCGCAAUACUUUGAGACGGAGCCAUCAUCUACAAUCGCGAAGCGAGGGACACGUGAGGUGCUGAUGCGUAAAGCAAACUCACACAAACGUUUCACGGUCACUUUCACCAUCUCUAUGGCUGGCGAAAUGUUGAAGCUUCACCUUCUUUUCGCGAAGUUGAAGAACAAGCCAGCAGUGGAAGGGCAUGUUGUUGUUGAUGUUAACAUGACGGAGAUGUGGAGUACGGACACAAUCAUCUCAUUCAUCAAUGACACAAUAACAUCAAGGAAAGAGACGACGUUUAGUCGCCAACCUGUUCUUCUGAUCAUCGACAGUUAUGGACCUCAUUUGAAGGUGGCUGAGAGUGACAGGUUGAAGGAGAUGAAUAUCAAUGUUCGUAUUGUCCCUCCCAACCUGACGGGUAUUCUCCAGCCUCUUGAUGUUGUUGUGAAUCGGUCUUUCCGGCAAUCUUAUGGAUAGGCUGAGAAGGGAGAGGCUUCUGAUGUGAAGCCUCAAACUCCACUUGACCCUUACGAGGCUGAACUGCAGGCCCAGGAGGACAAACUCCACCAGCAGGCCCUGGCAGUUGAGUCCCUAAAGGUUGAGCUGAAAAAGAAAGAAGAAGCAGCUCAGAAGGAGACCAGGAGAAAGUUGCUGAUUGCAGAUGUGGAGAAGAUCGGGACAAGUGGUAGUUCCACAGAUGAGAACGAGAAACUGUUCUUCCAAAGGCUUUAUGAUGAUGUCGUGCCGAGGGAAAGGGAGGCAGAGGCAGCAGCCAAAGCCGCCAACAUUGCUGAUCAGGUGGCCCUCCUUCAGGUCCCGGAAGCGAACGCUGACCGGUUCCAGGAGAAGCUAGUUGCUGCCGUAGCAGCCUUGGUUCGACUGCGGAACUUAGAAGACCUUGAGUCCCGUGUAACAGCACUGGAGCAGCGGAACCAAGAGCUGCAGGCUGAGAUCAUCAGCCUCAAACAGUCCCAACUGCCUGCCCCCCGCCCUCCUAACCCUCGACCUACUGCAGUCCCAGUCUCUCAAUCUAACACAGCCCUCAUGGCAAGAGCAAGUGGAACUGUGACGAGCGCAGGAACCGGUGCCAGCUCCUCAAGCGGCAGCGCCGACAGUUCUGCACUAGUCAUAGUCCCAAAUGCAGGGACAUCAGCCCAAAACGCCACAGUCCUUACUGACGUUCAGUACAGCGGUCCUGUAGUGGACAAGCAGGCGGCCACCUUGCCAUCCAAGUACGACGGGAAAGCGGAUAUCACUUCUUGGAUUAGUUCCAUGCGUUCAUACUUCGAGGUCAUGCGGACACCGCAAGAAGACCGAAGCAUGAUCAUGGGCACUGAUAAUGAGCCCGCCAUACGAAAUCACAUUGAACUCCAAGCUGUUGCUGCGGGUUAUGAAAGAAUUGACCUAACCGAGUGGCUGAAAGUAACUCCCGUACGCGCCCUUGAGGAUCUUCUCAUCGCACGGUACCAAGAUAAGCAUGCUGCGCUCAAGGCUAGGCUGAAGCUUGAGGCCCUCAAGGGCCAAACAUGGAGGUCCUCCAUGCAGGCUUUGGAACAACACUUGACUAGUCUGUUCACCACUCCAGAUCUGGGAAUGACCGACGUGUCUUGUAUGGAUGUAGUCAUGGGAGUGGCCCCUAAAGAAUACCUCUCCCUGUUAGCACUCAAAGACCUUACCUCCUGGCGAGAGCUCAUGACGGAUCUAGUCAACCUAGAGGCCAAGGACCUCGCCAGGCGGAAGAGGGCGCCCGUUGCAGGUGGAAAUCCACAACGCAAGCGGUAUGGAAGCAGCAACCAGCUUGCCCUGCAUGAACAUCGGGAGGCUGAAGAUCAGUCUUACGCGGAUGAUUUGCCUCUAGAUGACGAUCUAGAAAAAAAUGCUUACCCUUUGCCUCACAUAGAUGAUCUGCUAGAUGCAGCAGGUGGGUGCAAGGUCUUCUCCAAGAUCGACCUCAAGUCUGGUUACCACCAGAUUGAAGUUGAUCCGAGUGACCAACACAAAACUGCAUUCAAAACACGCGAUGGGAUGUAUGAAUUCAUCGUUAUGCCCUUUGGUCUUACGAAUGCACCGGCCACAUUUCAGUGCCUCAUGGACAAGGUACUUCGCCAUCAACUCAAUAGGUUUGUGGUUGUGUACCUUGACGAUAUCCUGAUCUUCAGCAAGUCCAUGGAAGAGCAUGUCACGCACCUUGAGGAGGUCUUGCAAGUCCUCAAGGAGGCACAGCUGCACCUCAACUUAAAGAAAUUUGAGUUUGGAAGGGACAGCGUCAUCUAUCUUGGGCACCGGUUGUCUGCAAACGGCCUUGAGCCGGAGGCAACCAAGGUUGAGGUCAUCCGAAAGUGGCCUCAACCGGCGAACGUGCGCGAACUGCGUUCUUUUCUUGGUUUGGCCUCAUAUUACCGGAAGUUUGUGCCCAAAUUUUCUGUCAUUGCUCACCCACUCUUGAGACUAACCAGUAAGAAUGUUCCCGAUGAGUGGUGUGAGAAGUGUGAGACUGCGUUCCAAGCCUUGAAAGAGGCAUUGGUGAGUCAUCCUGUGCUCCGCAUUGCGGAUCCCAACCUCACAUUCGUAGUCACUAUGGACGCGAGCCAAUUUGGGAUUGGUGCAGUGCUGCAACAAGAUGAUGAUGAUGGCCUGCGUCCACUCGAGCAUAAGCCUUAUGGCCUGCUGAGACCCCUCCCCAUUCCUGAUGGACCCGGUGAGUCGAUUUCCAUCGACUUCACGGACAUGGGAAAGGUGAGUGAGGCUGGAAAUUCACAAGUCAUGGUCAUCGUGGACCGUUUUUCCAAAUUUCUGAACUUGAUUCCUUUCCCUCCCCAUGGCCCGACUGAACUUGUCAUUGAAGAAUUCCAUCAGCAGUACAUUCUGCAGUUUGGCACCCCGAAAACUAUUGUGAGUGAUCGGGACACCAGAUUCAUUAGCGAAGAUUGGAAGGACUUCACCUCUCAAAUCUAUGACAUUAAACUGAACAAGACUUAUGGUCGACACCCCGAAGCGAAUGGAUUGGCCGAGGAGAUCAACCAGAUUGUCAUCCAACUACUUCGCGCAUUGAUUGUUCCAGAUCAGAACACGUGGGACAAGGAGUUGCACAAAGUGAAGGGACUGUAUAACAACUCCAUUCACUCUGCAACUGGCGUGACACCAAACCAGUUGCAAUACGGAUGGCCGAUGCGUAAUCCACUCUCCUAUCUGUUCCCCGAACGGUCACCUGGUAUGAUGUCUGGCUACAAUGCCAAGUACGCACGCUUACUCAAAGUUGUUAUUGUAGCCAUGAACAAGCGCCAGCAUGCCAUGAUCAAACAUGCUAACAAGUUGCACAAAGAGGAAAAAUUCAAAGUAGGGGAUUAUGUUUGGGUCAAAAUGUCUGAGUUUUCUGAUGAAAAGGGCAUAUCACGAAAACUCCUUCCAUUGUACUAUGGCCCUUGGCAGAUUCUGAAGGUGAUUGGGGAUGACUUUGGUCCUUCAUAUGUGAUUGUCGUGCCUCCUCAUCUGCGCACGUAUCCGGUCUUUCAUGCGUCCAAACUGUUCCCACACAUUGAUGAUGAGACGUUUCCCUUCCGAGACCCUAUGAUACCUCGCUCUAUCGACGGCGGCCAUGAGAUAGAAAAAAUCGUUUCUCACGAGGGAAGAGGGAGGAACAAAUACGCACAUGAUCAAGCGUCCGCUCAUCAUAACGCCGCGGUCGAGACACAUGGUCGGAGAGCGGGUGCGGGAUCAUCACGCUCCGAUGUGCCGAUGCAUAUUGAUGAAGCAGAUGAUCUAGAUGUUUCAUACGGUCAUUACCUCUAUGAUGAUGAUCGGAGAAUGCAUGAGUACGUCCAAGAUUGUGAACAGUAUGAGUAUACCAUGGCGAGGGAGAUGCAUGAUAUGGAACAACGUCACCAUCAGUCGAAUGCUGUGGUGCGGUAUGGUGUGGUGGGUAAGAUUCCAAAUGGUCAUGCCUUGAGGGAAGUAUUUGGUAGGUUCGUUACGGACAACCAAGGACUUCGUUGGACUCAGGACGAGUUGUUGGAUAUGUUGAAGAAGAAGAAGGUGGAACUGGAUGCAGUUAGGAGUGCGUUGGCCAACAUUGAGGUCAACGCAAAGUCAGUCAUCGAAAAAUUCCUUCAAGAGGAACGAAACGAUGAGGUGAGAGAUUCCUCUGUGCCCGAUACUGUGCAUGUCAAAGAGGAGUCAAAAGUUAACAUGGACAUGGAGAUGCGGAUUCGUUCUCAGAUGAGGUCGAAGAUUCGAGAUGAUUUGAUUGAUGAGAUUGUUAAGUAUAGCACCCAAGUUCAUCCCCACCUGUUGGAAGAGUGUGAUGGUUUGCGUUGGCGACUUGAAAAGGCGGAAUAUGCAGUGAGGAGAUUGUUGUCCUGUCGUGGCCUGGCGUGGGAAGAUCCAUCUUCUCGAAAUGCAGUCUUCGAUUUUCGAUCAACUGAAAGUUUGGAGGCUCUUCCGAAAAACGAUCUAAUUGCGAUGUUACAUUCACUUCCAACUGUUGCUUCAGAGCUGGCUCACAGAAAUGCAAUGUUGGAGGUGCAAAAUGCCAUGCAGUUUCCUGUGAGCGACAACUAGAUGAGGGCAACGGUGGUCAAUCUUGGCCAAUUGUAUAAGGAGGCACGCGAAGAGUUGAUGGAUGUUGUGUUCGUGGACAAAUUCGGUGACCGGUGGGAUUACCACUCCAGGUUUUAUUGGGCUCAACGUCACAAUGAGCAGGUGUACCAGCUUAGGAAAUUGCUUGGCGACGUCGUGCUAGCUUAUUCACCGAAACGA